GGGGAGGAGGGAGCAGUGAAAGGGAGGAGGAGGACAGAAGGAGGUGAGGAGGGCCACUCAGUCAUUGUUACCACCUCGAGGACCGGCAGAGACCUCGCUGCUGCCCGUUUUCUUCAGGAAAGCCGUUCAGAUCCAUUAGAGGCAGUUUGCAUCACUGUUGUCCAGUAGGGAAGCUGAAGGAGGAGGAAAACACUCAGAUGGAAUCUGGGCAGUGAUGGAUGCAGCCAGCCUCAGCCUCAGCCGUGUUGGAUUAUGCAGCCCGACCCGAGCGUUUUCCCCAUGAACCGAACAGAUCUGCCUCUUUAGCAGUUCGUCUCGGCGUGAAUGCGUCUCAUGCGUGUGCCGAUCAACAUGGACGCGCUGUGGGUGCUCUCCUUGUCCAUGCUGACGGCGUGCGUAGCCAUCCCCAUGGAUGCGGCGGCGGGCAGCCACAGCCUCUUCACCUGUGAGCCCAUCACCCUGCGCAUGUGUCAGGAGCUGCCGUACAACGCCACCUUCAUGCCCAACAUAAUGAACCAUUAUGACCAGCAGACCGCCGCCCUCGCCAUGGAGCCGUUUCAUCCCAUGGUGAACCUGCGGUGCUCUCCGGACCUGCGCAUGUUCCUCUGCGCGCUCUACGCCCCCGUGUGCACCGAGUACGGCCGCAUGACGCUGCCGUGCCGCCGCCUCUGCCUGCAGGCCAAGAGCGACUGCUACAAGCUUAUGGAGAUGUUCGGGGUCAGCUGGCCGGACGAGAUGGACUGCAUCAGGUUCCCAGACUGCGAUGACCCGUACCCCCGUCCCGCGGACCUCCUGUCCAGCUCGGACACCACAGAGUCUCCCAUCUCCGUGCAGAGGGACUACGGUUUCUGGUGUCCUCGCGAGCUAAAAAUCUCCCCAGAGCUCGGCUACUCCUUCAUGGGGGUGCGAGACUGCUCCCCCCCUUGUCCCAACAUGUACUUCACCCGGGAGGAGCUGGCGUUCGCCCGUUACUUCAUCGGCGUGGUGUCCAUCGUCUGCCUGUCUGCCACCCUCUUCACGUUCCUGACCUUCCUGAUCGACGUGGCGCGCUUCCGUUACCCGGAGCGACCCAUCAUCUUCUACGCCGUGUGCUACAUGAUGGUCUCCCUGGUCUUCUUUCUGGGUUUCCUGCUGGAGAACAAAGUUUCCUGCAACACGGCGAGUCCCGGGAAGUUCCGAGCCUCCACAGUGACCCAAGGCUCCCACAACAAGGCCUGCACCCUCCUCUUCAUGGUGCUGUACUUCUUCACCAUGGCGGGCAGCAUCUGGUGGGUCAUCCUCACCAUCACCUGGUUCCUGGCUGCCGUCCCCAAGUGGGGCAGCGAGGCCAUAGAGAAAAAGGCUCUGCUCUUCCACGCCUGUGCCUGGGGCGUCCCUGGCAUCCUCACCGUCACGCUGCUCGCCAUGAACAAGAUCGAGGGGGACGGCAUGAGCGGCGUCUGCUUCGUGGGGCUUUACGACCUGACGGCUCUGCGCUGGUUCCUGCUGGCGCCUCUGGGACUGGAUGUUGUGGUAGGCGUGGUGUUGCUGCUGGCGGGCAUCGCGGCGCUCAACCGCGUCCGCAUGGAGAUCCCGCUGGAGAAGGAGAACCGGGAGAAGCUGGUGAAGUUCAUGAUCCGGAUAGGUGUCUUCUCUGUGCUCUACCUGGUUCCCCUGCUGACCGUCCUGGCCUGCUACCUCUACGAGAGCAGCUACCGCGCUCUCUGGGAGACGAGCUGGGUGCAGAGGGAGUGCCGGCGUUACCACAUACCCUGCCCUUACCAGGUUGAGCGUACGAGCCAUCCUGACCUGGUGCUCUUCCUCAUCAAGUACCUGAUGAUGCUGGUGGUGGGAAUCCCGUCUGUGUUCUGGGUCGGCAGCAAGAAGACCUGCUUUGAGUGGGCGAGCUUCUUCAACGGGAAAAGACGCAAACACGCAUUAACCCCCUCUCCCGCUGCCUGCUCCACCCACUCCUCCAUCCUCUUCUACCACACCCAUUUCCCCGCCACCUUCCCCCUGUCCCUCCCCACCCUCCUCCGUCUCUCCCUCCCAACACUCCCCCCUUCCUCUUCCUCCUCUUCCUCCCGCUGUAGUGGGAUGGUCAAUGACAGCAGACAGGUGCUCCAGGAGCCAGAUUUUGCCCAGCUGCUCUACAGAGACCCCAACACUCCCAUAGUGAGGAAGUCGAGGGGCACAUCCACCCAGGGGACCUCCACCCACGCAUCCUCCACCCACCUGGCCAUGCUGGACGAGCCUCCCAGCGGCAGCACCAGCCGGGCCGGUUCGGUACGCAGUGCUCGCUCCAAGAUGAGCAGUUACCACGGCAGCCUGCACCGCUCCCGAGACGGCAGGUACACGGGCUCCAGCUUCCGGGCACCAAACGACCGGCCCCCCUUUGGCAGCCUGCCGCGCCUCAACGCCCAGUCCAGACACUGCAGCACCAACCGGCUGGACAGCCUCUCCAGGCACGGCUCCACCCUGAGGCUGGAGAGCCAAUCGCAGCACAGCAGCAUCAGGGACCUGAGCCCCGCCACGCAGGCGGUUCUGUCCGGAAACGGAAUACGCAGAGUGAUGGAGGAGGACGGAGCCUGAGCCGCCCACAUUCUGAACAGAUGGAGGUUUGUGAAGGCGCUGAAGUUGGAGCGCAGCUUUAAGACACGGGACCAAAAACCCCAAUCCGACUUUCUUUGUUGACCAGUUUGGACAAACAGACUCUGAAAAAUGAAGACGGACACUUCUGAGCCGGUGAAGAACAAAAUGUGAAGGACUCUGAACCUGCACUUCUGCAGAUCUUUAUUUUUGUUUUUUCUUCUUCAGACUUUUUCUGUUUUUUCCUCAUUUCCUCUAAAAAGAGCUGUAAACUACGGUGGCCCUGAAGUGAAAAUUACAUCAACAAAUCACAUGAAACAAACAACAACAUGAAAGCAUAUUAAAGAUCACUGACAAUUUAAAAAAAGGAAAGAAAAAACUAUUACAUUUUAGAAAUCAAAACAAGAUUACAAAAAUUAAAUGGAGAAAAAAAAAUUUCCGGGGAAAACAGUAAUUUCCUGAAUUCAAAACGAAACAAAGUUAAAGAGUUUUUAAAAACAAAACAGGAAAAGGUAGGUAUAUUUACAGGACUUCCCUGAUUGGAUGAUGUUUGGCUUUUCCAUUGCAGAGGGUCUUUAAAGUAAUAUCGUCUGUCUGGAAGAAGUCGCCGUGUCCAAAGAGGUAAACAAACAUCCAAUCAGUGACGUCCCAGAAUACCUACAUUUUGUAGUUUAUUUUAUUCUUUUAAUUUCUGGAAAGUACUUUUGUUUCCUUUUCACAUUUUGGUUUCUGAACUUUUGUUUUUGUUUUGCUUUGUCGGGAUCAUUUGCAUGUUUUUGCAUUCAGUGAUUUGGACUUCAGGGCCACCAUAGUAAACCGCAGCUUGAUGCUAAAAAGGGAAACGUUGAAAUUCAAACUCCUGCUUUACAUUUAGUUAAAACUAAAAGGAUGAAGAGAAGAACUUUGACAUUGAACGUAGUUUUCCGUCUGGACGUUCAUCCUGUAGCUGCUGCGAGAGCAGAGCACUUUUCUAAUAAAGACGUUUUCUACAGAGAAAUAAUCA